AUGGCGGCCUCGUACUCAGAGUCCGAAGCUGUCUUCAGCGACAAGGUCAGGACCUCGGGCCUGUCGGCUGCUGACCAGACUAAUGUGUUGGCUGGACUGAAGAAUCUGAAACAGCUGGCAUUUGUCAGCUCCUUCACUCCGGGACAAGCCGAUGAGAAGCCUUUGAUUGCGGCUUUGGAUGCUCUAGUCAAAAGGGACACCAGUGCUGACUUAGCUGCUCAGGCGUGCUUCAGAGCUCUUUUCCAGCAGGCUUACGCCAUAGUCACCACCGAGUUUAGACAGGCCAUUGAGCGCACUGAAGACGCUCCCAGUCGGUCUCUCAGCGCGCCUGAGCGUGAGGAGCGCUACACGCGACAGGUGAAGAAGUUAACCGGGAUCAACAUAAAAGACGAGACUGAACCAAGUCAGGCCUUGGUUGAUCUCUGCGUGAAUAUUUAUGAGUCGAACACUUUGCGCUACGUGGCCUGGGAGAAGUGCACUAGUCGGCUUGCCGAGGUUCAAGGCGAUGCCAAAAAGGACACUCGAUUCACACUCGAUGCUCAGGGCAAGACCUUGAAGCUUGAGUCGAAGGCCCCAGAUGACAAGUGUCAGGUCGACUCCGAGGUGCAUCUUCUUCAGGCUUUACAGCGCAGAGCCCUUGCCCUGGACCAAGCCAAUGUUGUUGAAUAUGCUGUCAUCGAUGUCUGGCAUCAGAAGUUGCUUAGGGCGCGGAUGCAGGAGGUGCCAGCAGGUCAUGUCCGGCCCAGCUUCAAGCAGCUCUUGCGGACCGAUCAGAAGCUUUUCUCGGAGUUGCAGGACCGCUGUCGUACAGGAAUCCAGGCCACAUCAGCCGGCCGCCCCUUGGAUGGCCUGAUUCCUUUGGUGAUGGAUCUGAGUGAUGUGGCAGUCCUGUUGCAAUCCCUGCCUGGAAAUGCCUCCUCCUCUUCUGAUGUGCCUCCGGGUCCGUGGGUCUCUCGCGAGAGGCCGAGCCCAUACACUCGAGAGGGAAAAGGCCGAGGCAAAGCGGGUAAAGGACGGGCCAAGGGGAAGGGCGUGCUGCCUAAGCCGCUUGUGGGCUGCUAUAGUUCGACAAAUGCUGGCGAACCCAUAUGCUUCGAUCACAACAUCAAUGGAUGCAGCCGGGCUGUCAAAAGCGGCAGAUGUGGCUGGGAAUGUCCCCAGCUUGACUCAUUGGAGUCUCAAUCCCUGAGUUCAGCUAAUGAGCUGGACCAUGCAAUGCCUUGCCCUGUGGGGCCUGCUGCAACAUUGGUUGCUGCUUGUGCUUCACUCAAUGAGAGAAUGCAUGAUGCCUGUUCGCCCGUGGGCGGUGAACCUUCUGUUGGAGCGCGUGAUUGUGCCACCGCGGAUCCUCCUAAAAGGAAGUCCGAUGUCAGCGACCGUGAGUCGCCGGGCAAGGCGCCUCGACUUGGAGGCCCUGAAGCCCUUGCCUCUGAUUUGCGCCGCAAACUCUUGUUCGAUGCAGCUAGUGUGCUUUCUCUCUUCGACCUUCUGCCAAAGGCUGAUAUCACACGACUUUCUCAAGCCAAAGGCUCAGUCUUCGCGGAGGGGUCGUAUUCUCACGGUCCUAUCAAAGGUUUGCGGCAUUUCAUCCGAAUUUAUCCCAAUGUUUGCCGAUACUUGUGUGCUUGCGUCCUGCAUGUCCUUCCGACGCACAAAUUUUCAAGUCUGUUGAUCUCUGACUCGGUUGAAAGUCAACCUCACGCUGAUCCCAACAACGGCCCGACUUUGAAUCUCUUGAUACCUCUGACGCACUUUUCAGGUGGCUCACUGCGAGCCGGUGAUUGCGACCUCGACUUCAGUCGGGGUGCCUGGGCUUUCAAUGCUCGCGACGGCUGCCACGCCGUGGCGCCUUUUCAGGGUCGUCGGGUUAUGCUCAUAGCUUUCAGCACCAAGGGCGUUUGCGAUUCCGAUUCUGAGAUGUUGUCUCAGCUCCAGUCCUAUGGUUUCGCCCUUCCCAGCGCUGAUGCUGUGAUGCCCGCGUCUCCAGUGGGCCCUCUACCUGACAUCAGGAGCUCUGUCACUCAUGAGCCCCUGAAAGUGCUGAAGCCUUCCCGGCUUGUUGUCCUCGACCUCUUCUGCGGACGAGGUGUUGCAGCUCAGGCCCGAACGACAAUCCACUUGGCAAUAUUUGCGAUUGGACUCACCGUUUGCGGCCAGCCGAUAACUCGGCUUGGCAACGAUCGCCGUUCAGUGACUCUUUGCCUUCGUGCGUUGGGCCUGGAUGCUCACUCGGCCUUUGUUCUCGGCAAGGUGUAUGCGGAGCACCUUGCCGAAAGUCUGCGCUUGCAGGCGGCUGGUGAGGACUUACUUCCGAUUAUGCCCGAGUUCAAGUACAUGGUCAGCGUGCACGUCGCUGAUUGCUCCCAGCUGCAGCUGGAUGACAAAAAUACCCCUGCCACCGCCACGUUUGGCGUGUUUCGGACUCCUGACGAGUUCGUUGCUGCCAGCUUGCGCCUCGAGCAUCCGUUCGACGCUUUUGCACACGAGCUCACUGAGAUUUUGGGUCCGCACUGGAUACCUGUACGGAGGUUCGCGAUUUUCCAACGAGGGAAGCUGAGGUGCAUUGACGAUUUGUCCGAGAACAGUGUCAACUCGUCCUGGGAAGUGGCAGAAAAGAUUGACCUGCGUGCGAUGGACGAACUCCUUUGGAUAACAUCGAGGCUCAUGCAAUCCAUCGUUGAUCGAGGAUUUGUCAACCUUCGUCUUUCUUCUGGUGAAGUGAUCAGCGGCCCGUUGCAUACCGUGUGGCGCACGCGGCCUGAGUCCGCGCGCCCAGUCUUGAAGUGCGUGGAUUUGAAGUCUGCUUACAAACAGUAUGCUAUAAGGCCAUGUGACAGCAAGAGGUGUGUGGUCAGCCUCCGGCGGCCCUCCGACGGGCAAGCCGUCGGUUUCAUUUCACAUACUCUACCCUUCGGCUCGCUCGCGAGCGUAGGGCAGUUCAAUCGCGUUGCCCGCUUGAUUCACCGCAUCCUUAUUGAGCUGGAGUGCCUGGCCUGUAACUAUUAUGACGACUUCCCAGUUCUCGAUGUGAGUAUGCUUUCGGCCAACACCGAGAAGACGAUCCGCAAGCUCAUGCGCCUCCUGGGCGUGAUCUGCUCAGAGGACAAGGAGUUGCCUUUUUCUUCGGUGGCCGAUCUCUUGGGG